AUGACAACUAAACGGCGGGGAACGAUGGCGGGGUCUCCAGAAGGCCCCACAAAGGGCCAGAAACGGCGCAGGACCUCUACUUAUGUCCCCGAAACAGACGAGACCCCUGAGAAAACAACAGAAACAGGUCUAGAACUGCUCGCGCUGAUCAAGGAGGCGACUGAUAAACAUGGACAACUUGUUGCAACGGAAUUUCUCCAUCUUCCUAACCGGGAAGAAAAUCCGCACUAUUACAAAGCGAUUCGCCUUCCAAUUGCCCUGGAUACUGUCGAGGACAAACUGAAAAAACGUGAAUACCUUUGUUUAACUCCUGUAGAAAGUGACCUCCGGAGGAUGGUUAGCAACGCCAAGUAUUACAAUGACAAAGGAUCAAUGAUUUUUUCCAACGCUGAGCGCAUACGGAAAUUAGUCGCGAAUAGAAUGUCUACAAUAAACCCCGCAUACAACGAUCCGAACUACGCACCUUUUGCUACCCCGAUACCAGAAGACGAAGAAGAAGUGGAACGGGAAGGAGAAGAAGUCCAGUCCCCGGAACCUGAAGUUAACGAAGACACUAAAGUUGAGGAGGAAAAGUCAUCCGCAGUCGAGACACCGGGCGUGGAACAGGGUGACUCCAGUGAGAACGCGCAUUUGAAUUUUGAGGGGGAAACUUUUGAAAGUGCUCAGGAGAAGAUCAUUGCUGGAAUGAUUCGAUUAAAGGAUUCAGAUGGCGAAGAAGUCUUUUUCCCGUUCCUCAGUAUGCCGGAUCGGAAUUUAUACAAGGAGUACUAUGAAAUCAUAAAGCAUCCCGUGUCCCUCAGGGCCAUCCUAAAACUGGUCCGAGGCACAGACGGACGCAAGAAUUCUACCAAAACCACUCCUUUCAAGACGUGGGAUGCGUUCGAGGAGGAGGUCAGCUACAUCUGGCGCAAUGCCAGAGAAUUUAAUGAGGAUGGCAGUGAAAUAUUUGCCCUUGCUGGGUCGCUAGAGGAAUACUUCCAUCGGCUUCUUGCGGAAGCACGAAAGCAGGUCCCUGAACCCGCCCCGACGACAAAUGGGGGAACCACAAAGACCCCAGAACCAGCGCCGCAGAAACUCACGUUGCGAUUUCCUGGGAAAACUGGUGAUCAACAGCCAUCGGCGGAUAUAGAACACCGACAGGGUGGUGUUUUGAUAGAUAAUGAAGCGCUGCGCAGGCAGCAGGAACAUGUCAAGGCAGCCACAUCUAAUGGACUAGGAGUACCGGAACGGCCGACACCGCCCACAAGAACGCUGAGAGAUCGAUCUGGUUCUGGGACCAGGGCGGUUUCGACGCGAAGCACGCGAUCACAGGAGCAAGAGCAGCAGCAACAACAACAACAGCAACAACAACAACAGCAGCAGCAGCAGCAGCAGCAGCAACAACAACAACAACAACAACAACAACAACAACAACAACAACAACAACAACAACAACAACAACAACAACAACAACAACAACAACAACAACAACAACAACAGCAACAGCAACGAAGCAAUGCGGGGUCAUCGCCUGUGCGGCCUUCGUCUGCGGCCAAAGUUGAAGGUACAGGGUUAUCAACUCCUACUCUCAGGAGCAGGACGAUCCAGGAACAUAUAAAAGCGCCUCCUAACGCACGAAAUCGCACAGUUUCCGGACCAGCUGAACUGUCUAGCAAAAUGCCACCAUCGACGGAUGCCCCGUUGGUUCAAAAAAAUAACUCAGAGACUCUGUUACGGGCGUUUAAUUCUCGUUCAUAUCCCUAUCCAUUUACACCCACAGCGGUGCCGCGGUUGAACCUGAGAUUACGAAAGCCAGGCCGAGCCGCCCUCCUCUCCAACGUCCGAUUAUCCAGCCACCCAAACCUCAACCUCUCCAAAUCCAUCCUCCUCGAUAUUCCCCCCUCCCCAACCCUCACCAGCCAAUCCAUAACCAUCAAUCUCCCCGCCAAAGCACACGUCAUCUGCAUAUCUCCCACAAUCGCCGUCCCCAGCCCUAACCCCAGCUCCAGCUCCAGCUCCAGUCCUCUACAGCGCCAAACACAACUCACCGUCACGGCUGGCGGGCAUCGGAUAUCGCCGAUGCUGUCGCCGGCGCGGACGAUGGAUCCGACAAGGCCGUAUUAUGAGGUUAGGCUUGGGGUAGGGAUUACGAGGAUUGAUGUUGAGAUGAGUGCUGGUCCUGCGCGGGGAAGGGUAAGUCCGGCUUUAAGUUCGGUUGUAGGUGCAGGUGCAGGUGCAGGUGGAGGGGGAGGUGGAGGGGGAACGAGGGCUCCUGUGCAGGUGGAGAGUGAGUAUGAGCGGCUGACGGUUUAUGUGAAUUUGAUGAGGAGGUAG